AUGUCAACAAGCAAGGAACAAGCAGCUAUCAGUAAAGUGAUGAGUUUCCUUCAAGAGUGGGACCAUGGCAACAAGACGGUGCGCAUCCGCAUGCUGACCGUUUUUCUGACUCAAAACACUGGAAAGACUUGCCCUGAGUUAGAACUGGAAUUCGCACAGGUUGCCAGUCUCUUUCUGGCUCGGCUCACCGCCUGGAUGAGGCUGACGUACCCUUACAUAAUGCAUUUGAUGCUGUUAGACAAGCAGUCCAGUCUUAUGGAGUCAUUCAUAUCCACAUACAAAGUAAGAAUGUUUGGAGAAAGGGAUGUAAACCAAUUUACAAAUGUGGUGUAUUUUGGCCUUUUCCUUUACUCAAGCUCAUUCAGCUACAUGUUCGGAACAUGCUUAGGUCUUCAACUGAAAGCAGUUGGCGUGUUCCUCUCUGCAGCGAGCAAGUGAGUGGAAAAACAUUGUCUGAAUUUGUAUAGCCAACACAUUAUAAUCCCUUGCACCAUAGGUUUUUGUCACAUACCCUUUAUCUUUCCACAGUCAUCGUUAUCUCAUAGAGUUCCUGGAGGUUGGAGGGGUCCUAACCCUCAUGGAGAUCUUGGGUCAGAAACAGACAAAGGAGGAGGAUAAGGCAGAGGCCCUUCGGCUGCUUCAGAUAGUCUCAGACGCUGGACGCAAGUACAAAGAGCUAGUCUGCGAAAGCUAUGGUAAACUACUCACCCAUCUCUAUGAUACAUACCGCGUUUUUUAGUAUACAGUUGGAUUUCUAAAUUGUUACAGUUCAGCCCAAAUUGAAAUGAUCUAUGUAGAGAGAAAUUAUUCGCUGUUAUUGCUCCAAAAUGUGUUCAGUUUUUUAGUCUAUGAUUAAAGACUGAUUACAAAUUAAAUGAUUUAUUAUUAUUUGUCAAAGUGCAUUUCUCAGACCCAAGGCACAAAAAAAUAAAUACUAAUAAAAAACAAUCUAAAACACAGACCAUAGAACACAGACAACAAUCAAAGCUAUAUACAGGUGUCACAAGAUCCAGAGGACAUGAGAACAGAAUUAGCAGCCAGAGGUCCUUGAAAACAUUUCUGAACAGCAUGGUCUUGAGCUGUGCCUUAACCUUUUACUGCUGUGGGAUAAAUCUGGGUAGUCUUAAACAAAUCUACUUUGAAACCAAAGUAUACACCUCACACACAUGGUUAUGGGCUUAAAAAAGAAGACACCUGUACCAUGUCAGAUAUAGAGUUGAAAUGUAUUCAAUUUUGAGUUUGCACCCCAAUAUUACACUUUAUAUACAUCACAGAACACUGAAAUAUAACAAAACCGUUUGACAUAGAAACACCAGAUUUUCGGAAGUUUUUUUUAAAUUAAUGAAAAUUAUGAAAAUUAUUAAUAACAUUCCACCCAUGAGGCCAGUAGUCAUUUGACUGCAGGAAAGGGCUACAGGGUGACAGAUAUUCUGCAGCCCUAAUAAUGUCUGGAAGUGCGUUCCACAGCUGCGGAGCCGCGCAACUGAAAGCCCUGUCAGCCUAGUUUUUAGUCUGCUGUGGGGCUGCUGAAGGGAGACGGACCUGGAGGAGCGAAGGGUGCGUGUUGUUUGAUUGGUUAAUUGUUGUUUGAUUGGUUCUUAGAACAUAUCACUGUGUCCUCCCUCCACGUGGCUUGCAGGUGUGAGAGCCAUUGCAGAGUGCCUGGCCAAGUCCAAGACAGAGGGGACCCAAGAGACUGCACGGGCCCUGCUGGAGUCCCUGGCACAUGGAAACCCCAAAUACCAGAACCAGGUGUACAGAGGUCUGAUCGCCCUGCUGACCUGUACCUCGCCCAAGGCCCAGCAACUGGUCUUGCAGACCCUCCGCAUAGUACAAGUAUAACAACACACAUACACACAGUCACGCACACUUGCUCACACACACACACACACACACAGGCUCCACGACCAUGGGACAUAACUGAGAAUCCAGCUAUGUGUGACCUUGUAAUACACAACUGAGUACUGUGGUUUGACUGUAUAUAUGAAGGUAAAUGAUUGGAUAUAAUUCUGACCCCUAACAGGACAUAGUGAAAGCUGCCCAUCCCAGCAUCGUAGGACCUCUGUUGAAUUUGUUGAGGUCCUUGCAUUUGGAGGUGCAAUAUGAGGGUAAUUAAUAGCUAGGUGGGCGUGUCAACUCUCAGCUAUCCAGACAGCCUGUUCUAUAUCUAAUACAGAUCUCUUCCAUUGACAUCUUCAACAUCCACUUGUACUUUAUGCUGUAGUAUCUGAUUCCUAUAGUAUGCAGUAUUCUUUUAAAACUCUCCCCCCUCUCCCAGCUAUCGAGCUGAUCACAGAUCUGAGGCAGUAUGAGGUCAGACCGGCGCUGCUCAGGGGUCUCGUAGCGCUGCUCAAACCGGCUAUGGGGGGAGUGCAGAGACACAAGAUCCUGGAAGGUCUCACGUCUUCUCCUUAUUGGUUCCUCAGUAAAUGAGAGGCAAAGUGAUUGGGUAGUUCUCAUUGCAACCCACUAAGAGCAACCCCAUCUGAUGUUUCUUGCUUCAGUUCUAACAGUCCAUUUUUUCUUAACAUAAGAUGUGAUAUUGCAUACGUUUUUUGACAUAGUCAUCAUGCCUCAAGCAAUUUAGCUCCUAUGAAAAUGUUUGUCUCAAUAAAACACUAACUGUUAUUGAUGUGUUGAUGUCUAUUUCAUCAGACCCAGAAAUGACCAAGAUGACUGAAUCCCUGCCAGUGUUUGUCCAACAAGCUGCGGCAGCCAAAGCUUUAAGGUAAAGUCAAAACCCUCAUGUAUGGGUAUCCCUUAGAAAUGUCAUUCUGACAUGGUCUGUGAUUUCGCAAAAAACUGUCUGAAACUGAAAGUUAAAUGCUAUAUGUUAGUAGUAUCAGCAGCUAAUCUGAUUUAUUUGGCACUCACUUGUUAACAUUGAAGCGACUUGCUUGUUAUUUUAUACUGCCACUCAGCCCAUACUUAGCACUUUAAAUGUAAUGACAUACAGAUCAGUACAGUUAGUAUUAGCCUGUAACGGUAACGUUCAUGAUCAUCAUAUACCAAUGCUGACCGUUUUGACUGUAUGUGCUGAAGGUUGCUUGCUCAGGUGAGUCAGGAGCAGUGCCAGGAACUGCUUCCUCUCAGAGUGGUGCACCAUUUGAUGUACGCUAUGGGCAACCAGGAGCACGCUGAUGCCCAGAGACAAGCCAGCCUGGCACUGGAGGUAAAUCAAAUAGGUACACACCAGAGUUGGGGGUUUGAAGGCAGUCAAUUCGGGAAGUAAAAAAAAACUACUAAGAAGAAUGUUUGAAAUAAAUAUGUUCUACUUUUCAGUUUAUUAAGAAAUCAUUGGGAAAAAAUGUACUUUUUUCAAUAUUGAAUUGGAAUUAGUUUACUUCCUGAAUUGACCCCAACCCUGCUACACACACACACACACACACACACACACAUAUAUAUACACACACACACACACACAGUUGAAAAGAAAUGCAUUUACACAUCUAGAAUGGCAUUAAUCUAGAAUGCAUUUACACGUCUAUCAUAGUUGUGUGAUAGUUUUAAUUUUGUAGAUUCCAAAGACAACAAAAUCACACACAGACCCUGUCUCUCUCUCUUUCUCACACAGGCAUUCUGUAUACUACCCUGUAUAUCAGUACAGAGUAAAUACUACCCUAUAUAUCAGUACAGAGCAGACACUGCCCUGUAUAUCAGUACAGAGUAGAUACUGCCCUGUAUAUCAGUACAGAGUAGAUACUGCCCUGUAUAUCAGUACAGAGUAGAUACUGCCCUGUAUAUCAGUACAGAGUAGAAUGUAAUCACUCAAGCGAAGUCUUAUCUCUGCCUCUGUCUCUGUCUUUAGCACUUUGUCCGUACAUACCCAGUGGUGGAGGAGCAUGUACGCAGAGCCAUGGGCAUCAAUCUGUUUGCAGCCUUCAUGGUGAGCUGAAAUCUAUUUUGGAUGUAAGAGUAUGCAUCUACACUGAACAAAAAUAUAAACGCAACAUGCAAGAAUUUCAAAGAUUUUACUGAGUUACAGUUCAUAUAAGGAAAUCAGUCAAUUGAAAUAAAUUCAAUAGGCCCUAAUCUAUGGAUUUCACAUGACUGUAAAUACAGAUUCAUCUGUUGGUCACAGAUGACCUUAAAAAAAAUAAGUAGGGGCGUGGAUCUGGUAUCUGGUGUGACCACCAUUUGCCUCAUGCAGCGCGAUACAUCAGUUCAACGUCUAGAUUGGAUUUACAUUUGCUUGGUUGUCAACUAACGUGAAUUGAACGUAAAAAAAUAAAAUAAAAAUCCCAAUGUCAUUAGAUUAAGGUUUAAUUUAAAAAAUAUAUAUUUCACCUUUAUUUAACCAGGUAAGCCAGUUGAGAACAAGUUCUCAUUUACAACUGCGACCUGGCCAAGAUAAAGCAAAGCAGUGCGAUAAAAACAACAGAGUUACAUAUGGGGUAGAACAAAACAAAGUAAAAAAUACAAUAUAAAAUCUAUUAUACAGUGUGUGCAAAUGUAGCAAGUUAUGGAGGUAAGGCAAUAAAUAGGCUAUAGUGCAAAAUAAUUACAAUUAGUAUUAACACUGGAAUGAUAGAUGUGCAAGAGAUGAUGUGCAAAUAGAGAUACUGGGGUACAAAUGAGCAAAAUAAAUAACAAUAUGGGGAUGAGGUAGUUGGGUGGGCGAAUUACAGAUGGGCUGCGUACAGGUGCAGUGAUCUGUAAGCUGCUCUGACAACUGAUGCUUAAAGUUAGUGAGGGAGAUAAGAGUCUCCAGCUUCAGAGAUUUUUGCAGUUCGUUCCAGUCAUUAGCAGCAGAGAACUGGAAGGAAUGGCGACCAAAGGAGGUGUUGGCUUUGGGGAUGACCAGUGAGAUAUACCUGCUGGAGCGCAUACUACGGGUGGGUGUUGCUAUGGUGACCAAUGAGCUAAGAUAAGGCAGGGGAUUUGCCUAGCAGAGAUUUAUAGACGACCUGGAGCAGUGGGUUUGGCGACGAAUAUACAGUGGGGGAACAAGUAUUGAUAUGGAUUUGGGUUUUCUACUUACAAAGCAUGAGUCUGUAAUUUUACAUAGACAUUCACUGUGGAGGAUCUAAACAAAAUCCAGCACAUUGUAUGAUUUUUAGGUUGAUGAAUGUUUGGCACACCAUCGAAUUCCGCUCUCACGAUUGUUAGUUUUUUUAAGAACUUGUUCCACUCUUACCGUAUAAGACCGGUUUGAACUCGUACCUGUAUAAAAGUCCACACACUCAUCAAACAGACUAACCUCUACAAUGGCCAAGACCAGAGAGCUGUGUAAGGACAUCAGGGAUAAAAUUGUAGACCUGCACAAGGCUGGGAUGGGCUACAGGACAAUAGGCAAGCAGCUUGGUGAGAAGGCAACAACUGUUGGCCCAAUUAUUAGAAAAUGGAAGAAGUUCAAGAUGACGGUCAAUCACCCUCAGUCUGGGGCUCCAUCCAAGAUCUCACCUCGUGGGGCAUCAAUGAUCAUGAGGAAGGUGAGGGAUCAGCCCAGAACUACACGGCAGGACCUGGUCAAUGACCUGAAGAGAGCUGGGACCACAGUCUCAAAGAAAACCAUUAGUAACACACUACGCCGUCAUGGAUAAAAAUCCUGCAGCGCACGCAAGGUCCCCCUGCUCAAGCCAGCGCAUGUCCAGGCCCGUCUGAAGUUUGCCAAUGACCAUCUGGAUGAUCCAGAGGAGGGAUGGGAGAAGGUCAUGUGGUCUGAUGAGACAAAAAUAGAGCUUUUUGGUCUAAACUCCACUCGCCGUGUUUGGAGGAAGAAGAAGGAUGAGUACAACCCCAAGAACACCAUCCCAACCGUGAAGCAUGGAGGUGGAAACAUCAUUCUUUGGGGAUGCUUUUCUGCAAAAGGGACAGGACGACUGCACCGUAUUGAGGGGAGGAUGGAUGGGGCCAUGUAUCGCGAGAUCUUGCCCAACACCCUCCUUCCCUCAGUAAGAGCAUUGAAGAUGGGUCGUGGCUAGGUCUUCCAGCAUGACAAUGACCCGAAACACACAGCCAGGGCAACUAAGGAGUGGCUCCGUAAGAAGUAUCUCAAGGUCCUGGAGUGGCCUAGCCAGUCUCCAGACCUGAACCCAAUAGAACAUCUUUGGAGGGAACUGAAAGGUGCGACAGCCCCGAAACCUGAAGGAUCUGGAGAAGGUCUGUAUGGAGGAGUGGGCCAAAAUCCCUGCUGCAGUGUGUGCAAACCUGGUCAAGACCUACAGGAAAUGUAUGAUCUCUGUAAUUGCAAACAAAGGUUUCUGUACCAAAUAUUAAGUUCUGCUUUUCUGAUGUAUCAAAGACUUAUGUCAUGCAAUAAAAUGCAAAUGAAUUACUUAAAAAUCAUACAAUGUGAUUUUCUGGAUUUUUGUUUUAGAAUCCGUCUCUCACAGUUGAAGUGUACCUAUGAUAAAAAUUACAGACCUCUACAUGCUUUGUAAGUAGGAAAACCUGCAAAAUCAGCAGUGUAUCAAAUACUUGUUCUCCCCACUGUAUAGUGAGGGCCAGCCAACGAGAACGUACAGGUCACAAUGGUGGGUAGUAUAUGGGGCUUUGGUGACAAAACGGAUGGCAGUGUGAUAGACUACAUCCAAUUUGCUGAGUAGAGUGUUGGAGGCUAUUUUGUAAAUGACGUCGCCGAAGUCAAGGAUCGGUAGGAUAGUCAGUUUUACGAGGGCAUGUUUGGCAGCAUGAGUGAAGGAAGCUUUGUUGCGAAAUAGGAAGCCGAUUCUAGAUUUAACUUUGGAUUGGAGAUUCUUAAUGUGAGUCUGGAAGGAGAGUUUACAGUAACCAGACACCUAGGUAUUUGUAGUUGUCCACAUACACUAGGUCAGACCCUUCGGGAGUAGUGAUUCUAGUCGGGUGGGCGGGUGCCAGCAGCGUUCGAUUGAAGAGCAUGCAUUUAGUUUUACUAGUGUUUAAGAGCAGUUGGAGACUACUGAAGGAGUGUUGUAUGGCAUUGAAGCUCGUUUGGAGGUUUGUUAACACAGUGUCCAAUGAAGGGCCAGAUGUAUACAAAAUUGUGUCAUCUGCGUAGAGGUGGAUCUGAGAGUCACCAGCAGCAAGAGCGACAUCAUUGAUAUACACAGAGAAAAGAGUCGGCCCAAGAAUUGAACCCUGUGGCACCCCCAUAGAGACUGCCAUAGGUCCAGACAACAGGCCCUCCGAUUUGACACAUUGAACUCUAUCUGAGAAGUAGUUGGUGAACCAGGCAAGGCAGUCAUUUGAGAAACCAAGGCUAUUUAGUCUGCCAAUAAGAAUGCGGUGGUUGACAGAGUCGAAAGCCUUGGCCAGGUCGAUAAAGACAGCCCUUAUGUUGCUGACUUUUUGGAAAUCAAAUCAGUUUCCCACGUUGAUUCAAUGUCAUCAGAUCGAUUUUGGGGGGUUGGAAUUAUGUGGAAACAACGCUGAUUCAACCAGUUUUUGCCCAGUGGGUACACACCUGACACACAGCAGACUCAGGGACAUCCAUUCUGUUGAAAGUUAUGCCUCUGUCUCGAACAGACCUGCCAUAAGUGAAUGCUUCCAUACUGGCACGCAGCCUGGCUGACGUGACUCGCGUGACCCACAGCAGAAGGAGGGCUCUGACACGCUGGUUGGACAGAAGGCCAUUGUAAAUGCAGUGUGUGCGCAGAGUUGUCCUUAUUUUUGCUGAGCAUUGAUUGAUUCUCUCAAACAUUUUUUAUUUCCUGGGGGGUUGAGAUGAGACUUCACGUUGUUUGGAUUUGAAAAUCCAACAGUUGUAUUGGAAAGGGGCGGCGCUCGGGGGCUGUGUGUGGUUGUCCAUGUUGGUUUGAGUGUGAAAGACACAGAGGAGAACCAAUCAGGAAAAACCACAUCCCAUUCAUUACCGACGCAUUGUGCCGAGUCUCGACAACAUCAAAAUAGCCUUUCUAGACACAGAAGUCAGGAGUACUUCUGGUUAGGUGUUAGCCAGACUAACUGGCACUGGCUAGUGGCCAACUGGUUUUAGCAAUGAUGUACAGUGGGGGAAAAAAGUAUUUAGUCAGCCACCAAUUGUGCAAGUUCUUCCACUUAAAAAGAUGAGAGAGGCCUGUAAUUUUCAUCAUAGGUACACGUCAACUAUGACAGACAAAAUGAGAUUUUUUUUAUCCAGAAAAUCACAUUGUAGGAUUUUUAAUGAAUCUAUUUGCAAAUUAUGGUGGAAAAUAAGUAUUUGGUCAAUAACAAAAGUUUCUCAAUACUUUGUUAUAUACCCUUUGUUGGCAAUGACACAGGUCAAACAUUUUCUGUAAGUCUUCACAAGGUUUUCACACACUGUUGCUGGUAUUUUGGCCCAUUCCUCCAUGCAGAUCUCCUCUAGAGCAGUGAUGUUUUGGGGCUGUCGCUGGGCAACACAGACUUUCAACUCCCUCCAAAGAUUUUCUAUGGGGUUGAGAUCUGGAGACUGGCUAGGCCACUCCAGGACCUUGAAAUGCUUCUUACGAAGUCACUCCUUCAUUGCCCUGGCGGUGUGUUUGGGAUCAUUGUCAUGCUGAAAGACCCAGCCACGUUUCAUCUUCAAUGCCCUUGCUGAUGGAAGGAGGUUUUCACUCAAAAUCUCACGAUACAUGGCCCCAUUCAUUCUUUCCUUUACACGGAUCAGUUGUCCUGGUCCCUUUGCAGAAAAACAGCCCCAAAGCAUGAUGUUUCCACCCCCAUGCUUCACAGUAGGUAUGUUGUUCUUUGGAUGCAACUCAGCAUUCUUUGUCCUCCAAACACGACGAGUUGAGUUUACCAAAAAGUUAUAUUUUGGUUUCAUCUGACAUUCUCCCAAUCCUCUUCUGGAUCAUCCAAAUGCACUCUAGCAAACUUCAGAUGGGCCUGGACAUGUACUGGCUUAAGCAGGGGGACACGUCUUGCACUGCAGGAUUUGAGUCCCUGGCGGCGUAGUGUGUUACUGAUGGUAGGCUUUGUUACUUUGGUCCCAGCUCUCUGCAGGUCAUGCACUAGGUCCCCCCGUGUGGUUCUGGGAUUUUUGCUCACCGUUCUUGUGAUCAUUUUGACCCCACGGGGUGAGAUCUUGCGUGGAGCCCCAGAUCGAGGGAGAUUAUCAGUGGUCUUGUAUGUCUUCCAAUUCCUAAUAAUUGCUCCCACAGUUGAUUUCGUCAAACCAAGCUGCUUACCUAUUGCAUAUUCAGUCUUCCCAGCCUGGUGCAGGUCUACAAUUUUGUUUCUGGUGUCCUUUGACAGCUCUUUGGUCUUGGCCAUAGUGGAGUUUGGAGUGUGACUGUUUGAGGUUGUGGACAGGUGUAUUUUAUACUGAUAACAAGUUCAAACAGGUGCCAUUAAUACAGGUAACGAGUGGAGGACAGAGGAGCCUCUUAAAGAAGAAGUUACAGUCUGUGAGAGCCAGAAAUCUUGCUUGUUUGUAGGUGAACCAAAUACUUAUUUUCCACAAUAAUUUGCAAAUAAAUUCAUAAAAAACCUACAAUGUGAUUUUUCUGGCGAAAAAAUCUCAAUUUGUCUGUCAUAGUUGACGUGUACCUAUGAUGAAAAUUACAGGCCUCUCAUCUUUUUAAGUGGGAGAACUUGCACAAUUGGUGGUCCUGCCAGCCAGGACCUCUAUACCAGGCGUUGUCAGAGGAAAGCCCUCAAAAUUGUCAAAGACUCCAGCCACCCUAGUAUAGACUGUUCUCUCUGCUACCGCACGGCAAGCGGGUACCGGAGGCCAAGUCUAGUUCCAAAAUACUUUUUUCCAGUGGUGGGGGAGUGCCAAGAUGGAGGCACGGUGGCUUCAACACAGCACUCCCUACUCAUUCAACGGUUUUCUUUAUUUGGACAAUUUUCUACAUUGUAGAAUAAUAGUGAAGACAUCAAAACUAUGAAAUAACAGAUGGAAUCAUGUAAUAAGCAAAAAAGUGUUAAACAAAUCAAAAUAUAUAUUUAUAUUCUUCAAAGUAGCCACCCUUUGCUGAGCACAUGUUGGCUGCUUUUCCUUCACUCUGUGGUCCAACUCAUCCCGAACCAUCUCAAUUGGUUUGAGGUCAGGUGAUUGUGGAGGCCAGGUCAUCUGAUGCAGCACUCCAUCACUCUCCUUGGUAAAUAUAGCCCUUACACAGCCUGGAGGUGUGUUUUGGGUCAUUGUCUUGUUGAAAAACAAAUGAUAGUCCCAUUAAGCGCAAACCAGAUGGGACGGCGUUUCGCUGCAGAAUGCUGUGGUAGCCAUGCUGGUUAAGUGUGCCUUGAAUUCUAAAUAAAUCACAGACAGUGUCACCAGCAAAGCCCCAUCACACCAUCACACCUCCUCCUCCAUGCUUCAAGGUGGGAACCACACAUGCAGAGAUCAUCCAUUCACCUACUCUGCGUCUCACAAAGACACAGCGGUUGGAACAAAAAACCUCAAAUUUGGACUCCAGACCAAAGGACAGAUUUCCACCGGUCUAAUGCCCAUUGCUCGUGGUUCUUGGCCCAAUUAAGUCUCUUCUUAUUGGUGUCCUUUAGUAGUGGUUUAUUUGCAGCAAUUCGACCACGAAGGCCUGAUUCACGCAGUCUCCUCUGAACAGUUGAUGUUGAGAUGUGUCAGUUACUUUUAUUUAUUUGGGCUGCAAUCUGAGGCUGGUAACUCUAAUGAACGUAUCCUCUGCAAUAGAGGUAACUCUGGGUCUUCCUUUCCUGUGGUGGUCCUCAUGAGAGCCAGUUUCAUCAUAGCGCUUGAUGGUUUUUGCGACUGCACUUGAGAAAACUUUCAGAUUUCUUGAAAUGUUCCGUAUUGACUGAACUUCAUGUCAUAAAGUAAUGAUGGACUGUCGUUUCUCUUUGCUUAUUUGAGCUGUUCUUGCCAUAAUAUGGACUUGGUCUUUUACCAAAUAGGGCUGUCUUCUGUAUACCACCCCUACCUUGUCGUCACAACUCAACUGAUUGGCUCAAACACAUUAAGGAGGAAAGAAAUUCCACAAAUUAACUUUUAAGAAGGCACACCUGUUAAUUGAAAUGCAUUCCAGGUGACUACCUCAUGAAGCUGGUUGAGAGAAUGCCACGAGUGUGCAAAGCUGUCAUCAAGGCAAAGGGUGGCUACUUUGAAGAAUCUCAAAUAUAUUUUGAUUUGUUUAACACAUUUUUGGUUACUACAUGAUUCUGUGUGUUAUUUCAUAGUUUUGAUGUUUUCACUAUUAUUCUACAAUGUAGAAAACAGCAAAAAUAAAGAAAAACCCUGGAAUGAGUAGGUGUGUCCCAACCUUUGACUGGUGCUGAAUAUAAAUAAUUGGGUCUGUGUCUUCACUUUGAGAUGAGAAUGCAUUCUGUUUUACUUUUGUAAAAAAAAAAUAUAAUAAUUGUUUGCUUCUCUACAAUUUUUUAGCACAAAGCUGAGACUCUCUACAUGAAGAUGGAUGAAAUCCAAGCAGAUAUCCUGCUAUCAAAUAAAGUCAACAUUUCAGAAGGUAACAGUCUGCUAGUAAUUGCCAUCUUGGAGGUAUGAGAGUCUCUUCAGUUUUGUGAUAGUUCUGUAAGUAAAGCUUGGAUCCCUAAGCCUCACAUCAUUAAUAAUACUUUAUCUAGUUUAUACUGUAUAUUACUUUAACUCUCCAUUACAAAAUAGAAUCCCAAAUUAAUGUCUCAUCUUUUUAUUUACAGUUCUGGAGCACCAGAGCUCAGAAGACUGAACCAAACAAAGUACAGGCAUGCCAUUUUGUACAACAAACAUUUGAUGCUUUAUUUUCAUGUUACAGUAAA